ACUAAACGAAGUCGAUGUUCCAUAAGCGCGUGAGGAAGAUGGACCCAGCUCUUUCUUCCGUCUUUCGUUAGACUGAAAAUCUCACUGAUCCUUCGCCCACUCAUCAUCUAAUUCAGCAGACCAUGCAAAAAUGGCAGCAAAGACAAAUUUGAAGGAGCAGGAAGGGUAGGAAAGAAUUAAUAAUGAUAUCAAUCAUCAUUCCGUUUUCAAUGCCAAAUUCUCACUGUUUUACAACUUCCUCCUGUCUACUCAAAACUCCAUAACAUUUUCCUUCACUUUAUCUUCUCCCAAACAUCUCGAGAGAAAAUUAAAAUCCUUCCUCCGAUGGGCCGGAACUCACCUCGUCUCGAGAUCGACGGAAGUGGCGGUGGCAGUGGCAACGGCAAUGCUACCAACAGCCACAGCAGCGACCUAGGGUUCCACUCGAUCCGAGAUCGCUUCGUCUUCAAGCGGAGCUCCAGCCACACUCGCGACCGAACCAGGUCUGCUGUCGACCGUCCUUCCGGUAGAAACCGAUCACAUCCUGUUGGCAGAUCAUUGAACCGUAAGGGGUUGCUCUCCCUGUUCAAGUUCCGAGGCGCAUACCUUUUCUACAUGGUGAUUUUUUUCGCGGCGUUCGCGUUCGCCAUGGCAUCGAUGCUGCUCCAAAGCUCCAUCACCUCCGUGUUCGGCCAAGGGAACGAGAGGGGGAGAUCGGUCAGAGACGACCUCAGGUUCGGGAGUACUCUGAAGUUCGUGCCGGGAAGGGUUGCGAGGAGGCUAAUGGAGGGAAACGGGCUUGAUCGGUUGCGCACCACAGUUAGGAUCGGAGUUCGCGCCCCGAGGCUCGCUCUUAUAUUAGGGAGCAUGAAGAAAGACCCUCGGUCAUUAAUGUUGAUUACACUGAUGAAGAAUCUUCAACGGCUUGGUUAUGUGCUAAAGAUUUAUGCUGUAGAGAACGGAGAAGCACUCUCAAUGUGGGAACGGCUAGGUGGUUAUGUUACAAUUUUAGGUUUUGAGCAAUAUGGACAUAUUGAUUGGACAAUUUUUGAAGGUAUUAUUGCUCAUUCUCUUGAAGCAAAAGAGGCCAUUACAAGCCUUAUGCAGGAGCCUUUUUCUUCUCUACCACUUAUAUGGAUAAUUCAAGAAGAUAUCCUUGCAAGUCGCCUGCUGCUUUAUGAGGAGAUGGGCUGGAAACAUCUUGUUUCUCAUUGGAAAAGUGCUUUUAGUAGGGCUAAUAUCAUUGUGUUUCCAGAUUUUUCUACGCCGAUGUUGUAUAGUAGGCUCGACACUGGAAACUUCUUUGUGAUUCCAGGAUUGCCUGUUGAUGUAUGGGCAGCAGAGACCUACGCUAAAACCCACACAAAACAUGAAUUAAGGGAAGUUAAUGGCUUUAGUAAAGAUGAUAUGGUGGUGUUGGUUAUUGGAAGUUCUUUCUUCUAUGAUAGACUUUCAUUGGACUAUUCCUUGAGAAUGUCUGCGCUAAGACCUUUACUAACGAAGUAUGGGAAGAGAAAGGAAGAUGAGAGAUCCUUUAAAUUUGUUUUCCUAUGUGGUAACUCCUCUGAUGGCUAUAAAUAUGCUCUACAGGAUGUUGCUUCACGGCUAGGACUUGCUCAAGAUUCUAUUCGUCAUUAUGGUUUGAAUGGGGAUGUGAACAGUGUUUUGUUAAUUUCAGACAUUGUUAUCUAUGGUUCUUCCCAAGAUGAACAAGGUUUCCCUUCAUUGAUUAUUCGGGCUAUGACUUUUGGAGUCCCUGUCAUUCUACCUGAUUUUCCUAUCAUGAAAAAAUAUGUUGUUGAUGGGGCUCAUGGAAUUUUUUUCAGAAGACACGAUCCUGAAGCUUUGUCAACAGCUUUCUCUCUUUUGAUAUCAAAUGAGGGACUCUCUAAAUUUGCACGGACGGUUGCUUCUUCUGGAAGACUGCUAGCUAAGAAUAUGCAUGCAUCAGAAUGCAUAACUGGUUAUGCAAGGGUUCUGGAGAAUGUGUUAAACUUCCCAUCAGAUGCCUUGCUGCCUGGUCCUACUUCCAUACUUCAACAGCAGGCAUGGGAAUGGAAUUUGUUCGGGAGGGGAAUAGAAGAAGAAACUGGUGACCUGAAAAACUUGAAGGACGGUGAUUUUUCCUUCAGAAGUUCCGCCGUCUAUAGACUUGAGCAAUCUUUCACUAGUGUUGUUAAUCCAGUAAACACAUACGAGAAUGAAACCGAGGUUUUGCCUCAAGAUAUCCCUUCUAAAGAAGAUUGGGAUGUGCUACAAGAAAUAGAAGACUUUGAAGAAUAUGAGAGGGUUGAAGCAGAGGAGAUUGCAGAAAGAAUGGAGAGAGACACUGAUGCCUGGGAUGAUAUAUAUCGUAAUGCUCGUAGGUCUGACAAACUUAAAUUUGAAGCUAAUGAAAGAGAUGAGGGAGAGCUCGAAAGGACAGGACAGCCAGUAUGUAUUUACGAGAUAUACAGCGGACCUGGGGGUUGGCCAUUCUUACAUCAUGGUUCUCUAUAUCGCGGUUUAAGUCUUUCCACUAGAGCUCGGAGGAUAAGAUCAGAUGAUGUGGAUGCAGUUGGUCGGCUUCCUCUUUUAAAUGAAACUCACUUCCGAAAUGUUCUUUGUGAGAUUGGAGGCAUGUUUUCUAUUGCAAAUAAAGUGGACAGUAUACACAGGAGACCUUGGAUUGGAUUUCAGUCCUGGCGUGCUGCUGGUAGGAAGGUUUCUUUGUCAGCAAAUGCUGAAAAAGCUCUGGAAGAAAUUAUACAGGAAACUAAAGGAGAUGUUAUGUAUUUUUGGGCAAGAUUGGACAUGGAUGGCGGAGUAUCAGCAAGCAAAACUGGACUCACUUUUUGGUCCAUGUGUGAUGUCUUAAAUGGAGGACGCUGCAGGUAUAUUGGGAAUGAGUUUAAUAUUGUAUCAAAUGGUUGCCAAUGUAAAGGAUGUGUUUUCAUAAUGUUCUCAAGGAUGUUUGUUGAUUCUCUGGAUGCAUUGCAUAGCAAUUCUAGUGAAGGCAACAUGUGUUUGUUGGGUUCCUCGGCGCUUGAGAGAAAGCACUGUUAUUGCCGGAUAAUGGAGCUUUUGGUCAAUGUUUGGGCUUAUCACAGUGGGAGGAAGAUGAUUUACAUGGAUCCUCGGACUGGUUCAUUACAAGAACAGCAUCCACUUGAAAAGCGGAAGGGUGUUAUGUGGGCAAAAUAUUUUAACUUCACGUUGUUGAAGACGAUGGACGAAGAUCUUGCAGAGACUGCAGAUGAUGGUGAUUUCCCGAGGGACACAUGGUUAUGGCCAUUAACAGGAGAAGUACAUUGGCAAGGGAUUUAUGAAAGAGAGAGGGAGGAAAGAUAUAGGUUCAAGAUGGACAAGAAGAGGAAAACAAAAGAAAAAUUAUUAGAAAGGUUGAAGUACGGAUACAAACAAAAGUCACUUGGAUGAUACAAGAUUUCAAAUACAAAAUGAACAAGACCAAA